AAUCGAAUCAGUCUUUGCAAAGUUCAGUGUUCUCUGUGAUCUUGCUCGUAAUCGUAAUCUCAGUCCCAGUCAUUUUGUCUGCCCAAACCAGAUUCCCUAGACGCACUUCAAAUUAAUCACAAUGGCAGACACUUCUGAUGCGCUCGCACCAAAGCCAGAGGGCGAGGAGAUUGAUCCUCAUUUUGAGCCUGUUAUCAAGCUCACAGAACAAGUGGAGGUAAAGACCUACGAGGAGGACGAGGAUGUGCUCUUCAAGAUGCGAGCGAAGCUCUUCCGCUUCGACAGUGGCUUAAACGAGUGGAAAGAGCGGGGCACCGGCGAUGUGAAACUUCUUCAGCACAAGGAGACGAAGAAGGUCCGUCUCGUAAUGAGACGCGACAAGACCCUCAAGGUUUGCGCCAACCACCACGUCUCUGCCGAAAUGCGCCUUCAGCCUAAUAUCGGCUCUGACAGGAGCUGGGUGUGGAAGGUUGCUGCUGACUACACUGAAGAACCCCCAACCGCCGAAACCCUGGCCAUCCGCUUCGCAAACUCUGAUAAUGCCAAUGAGUUCAAGCGUCAAUUCGAGUUGACACAGAAGAUAAACAGCGGCUCCUCUCUUGAUGAGAAGAAACUUGCUGAGGAGUCUGAGGAAGAAGAAGCAGAGGAGGAGGAAGAGGUGGAAGAGGUGGCCGAGAAAAAAGAGGAAUUGCAAGAAGAGAAGAAUGAAUAAUGAUGUACUGGACGAAGCCACUUUUUCGUCUCUCCUUAAAGCCUAUUUCCUGUUGUGACGUCUACCCGUCAAUUUGCUUUCACGAGUGCCUCCGCGACACCACCCCUCGCUGCCAUUUCAUUUGACCAAGUAAUGUAGAUCACUUACCUACCCUGCUUUACGAAUUUCAUCCGACAUGUACUGGAAAGAGCUCAUCGCAAUGUAUCACGAUGGGAGACAGUUCCGCCUUCAUCUCAAAGGGAAUGAACUUCACCUGGUCGCGGUCACGCGGUCUCGUGACCGUAUCUAUGUUCAACCUGGC